CAGAAGUCUUCCUUGCAACCAAUUUCUGGCAAACCUCCAAAUCAGCGACAAAGAUCUGCGAUGCUUUCAUCGAACUAUCUCGCCGUGCUGAAAAAAGAGGCAAGAAAGCAGUCGUGAAGAUGAUGUACGAUAGGGCAAACUUGAAGAUGAUUACUGAGAGCCACGUAUACGUUCCCGAAAAGGAGUGGCUUAGUGAGGAAGUUCAAUUACCCAAACAAAGUGAUAUGCCCUGGGUCGACUUCCAGCUCGUCAACUUUCACCAACCUGUAUUUGGAACGUUCCAUAGCAAGUUUAUGGUAGUCGAUCGCAAAGUUGGCCUGCUUUGCUCGAAUAAUAUCCAAGACAGACCAAAUUAUGAAAUGAUGGUUCAUCUCGAGGGCCCCAUCGUCGAUAGCAUGUACGACGUGGCUUUGUUAAGCUGGUUCAAGGCAAUGACUCCGCCGCUCCCCCUGCUACCCACCCCUAAUUGGAAACCAGAAGAAGGCUAUAAGUUCGGGAUAGAUAAUCCCUAUUCGACUACCCAUAAUCUGGACGGGAGCAAGGGUGCCGAGUUAUUUGCACAGUUAGAGCGUGAAGCGGGGCGCGAAUUCUCGUUGUCUGCUGAUGACAAUAAACCGUUCAUCUCUGGAACUUACCAGUCCAUCACAGAACAUCUUAACGCGGGUGACCAACCUGAUACGACAGCGACGAUAGAUUACGUCGCUCCUGCGUCUCCAGAUGAUGAAUAUACACCACAUAUAUUCCAUGCACCCCACGGAGAAUGUCCAAUGGCUCUUGUUAACCGUGCUCCUAAUGGAAAACCAGGUAACCCUGCGAGUGGGCUACACAACGGACAAGACACAGCAUGGCUGGCGGCACUGAAGUAUGCACAGCAUCGCGUUUUUAUCCAGACACCAACUUUCAACGCGGUACCUGUUGUAGAAGGUGUCUUGGAGGCGGUGCGCCGCGGGAUAGAGUGUGUGCUGUAUGUCGAUGUUGGGUUCAACGACGGAGGUGAAGCUUUGCCUGGUCAAGGCGGCAUAAAUGAGGAAGUGGUGAAGCGAAUGUAUGCUGAGCUGAAGGAUGAAGAGAAGAAAUUCUUGAAAUUCUAUUGGUAUACCGGAAAGGAUCAGGUCAAGCCUCUGAACGCGCAUGUCCAGAAGCGUAACUGCCAUGUGAAGGUAAUGGUAGUCGAUGACUCAGUCGGAAUCGCGGGCAAUGGAAACCAGGACACACAGUCUUGGUACCACAGCCAAGAAGUCAAUGUCAUGAUAGACAAUCCGGAAAUAUGCAAAGACUGGUUAAAUGCGAUUAGAAGAAAUGAGAAUACUCACCUACAUCAACUCGACACAGACGGCAUAUAUCGCGACAAGGAUGGGAAUGAGUUAACAGACUCGACAGGUGUGGGAAGCGGGUUCAAGGGCGUGAUCAAGGGUAUACAAGGUAGUAUAGCGAGGGCACGUGGUACAGGUGGAUUUUAAUGGUUACAGGAACGUUUUCAGGUACAAGCCUCCCAUUCAGAAAACGGACAGGCAAAAGAGCAAGCAUAAGCACGAUUGUACUGUAUCGUACUGUAUCAAGCUGGUUGUGAGGAUGUUAUCCACUCUUGACUGACAGAUGCUACUUCUCUUAAGGAACGACUAAACCAACUGCCCUACCAAGUAACCAACUUACAUCUGCAUUCGUUUCUGUCACAACAGUUCUAUCUCCAAAUAUUAUAGCAUAUUACAUUCUACCUUUGCCUCUACGACAUCACGACAUACUCGGACUACGUCUUGGUCCUAAAGCUUUCCCUCUACUGAUGUAGGUGAGUCUGGCUCAUGAACUGAGUCUUUGUCAGAUCUGCGCGGCGAAUCCGGUCCUGAACCCGAGUUGUCAUCGACUUGUUCCUCAAUCUCAGCUGUCGAUGACUUCUCCGUUAAAUCCAGCGAUUUCUCGAUACCACUAGUUAUCUUCUCCAAUUCCUUAUCCACUGUUUUCUUCCUGGACUUGUCUAGGGGAACGACAUCCUCUUCCCAAUCUAUACAGUCAGCCGUUGCCUCCCACACGUCAUCCAGUUCCUUCUCCCAGCCCAGUUCUCGACAAAGCUCUUUCACUAGGUCGUCGCACUUCCCAAGGCAAACCACAUCAUCCGGUCUGCCAAAUUUUCCGACCUUGUCCAUAUUAAGGAGUAAUCUAGGACAAUCCGGCGGCACCAGGUCAACGAGUGCGGCAAACGGAUAC